ACAGCGCAUUAGCGUUUGUGAUUUCCUGUGAGUCUGCAGCUUCAAAGCUAAAGCUAAGGCUCUUUUCAGGGACAGAAACAGCACCUCAGCCAGGACAGGACAGUGUGAGACAGACAGAGGAAGCACAAAAGAGACUCUGUGACCUAACAGAGUCAUGUGUCUAGGAAGAAAAACAGUCUGCUGUGUUUCUUUGGCAGAACAGCGUCUGGUUGGAGUCGCAGAAGAAUGAGGAAGUGCUGAGAGCACGAAGAUCCGACUGGAACACUAACACCCAAGUCCUGCUUAAGAGAAUAUGGAGGAGAACACAACACAAAACCAUAAAAUGGAGGCAGAAGUGGAGGAAUGCAAGAGGAAAGAUGCUGAACAAGAUUGUGAGUUGAGGUUGGUGCUGCUGGGCUGGGCAGGCUCGGGGAAAAGCAGUGUGGGGAAUGCUGUCCUGGGCUUCAAAGCGUUUGAGCCUCGCUGCAGUGCUGACUCCAAGAAGCCGCUUACCAUGAAGUGUGAGAAGAAAUGUGCAAGCGUGGCUGGGAGGAAGGUGGCUGUAGUGGACACUCCAGACUGGUUCUACUCGGAGCGCCCCCUGGUGGAAGUGCACCACCAGCUCUACCUGUGCGAAUCUCUGUCAGCCCCAGGACCCCAUGCCUUCCUGUUCUGCCUCCCUGUGCAUCGGCCAAACGAGCAGGAUCUCCAGGCUCUGGAUGCUUUAGAGAAGGUGUUUGGUCCUGAGUCUGCCAGCAAGCACACUGUUAUUGUCUUCACUCACACAGAACAUCUUUCAAAGGAUCUUACUCUAGAGGAGCACCUUAGCACUGAGCGCAAAGACUUGCUGGAGCUGGUGGAGAAGUGUGGAGGCCGCUAUCAUGUCCUUGAGCUCCGAGCAGAAGGAGAGGUGGAUGAGGAGGAGAGAAAGGGAAGAAAGAACGUGGAGGAAUUGCUGGAGAAAGUGGAGAAGAUGGUGAAAGAGAGCGGCAAAGAAUUUUACACCUUCCCUCCGUUCGUGCAGAUGGACUCUGAAGGGAAUGAAGAGGGAGAUGAAAGUGUGCGGAGGAGGAGAGGGGCAGAGGAGGAGGAAAGGUGUGAGGAGAUGGCAGAGGGGAGUGCAGAUGGUCUGGAAGUGGUGGAGAAUGAAGACAGCGCUUUAUCUCCUCCCUCACCCCCUCCAUCGUUCAUGCGCUGGCUGUGGGACAGUGUGGUGGGAUGGGUGCUGUGGCUGCCCAACAUGGUGAGAGGUAGCACUUUACUUGGUUCUUUUGUUGGGUUGUUCGUUGGGGGGAUAUUUGGAGGGGUUCUGGGGGCUACGGUGGGCUCUGUGGCCACUGAGGUGGGCAGAAGAAAGCCUCAGAACCAGAAAACAAAAUCAAAAUGACUUUGUAGUAGAAACACUCAAGUCAGUCACAAAUUGUUGUGUGCAAACAACUAACAUGUAAUUGUUUUCAAGGCUGUUACUGAAAAUUUCUGCACAAUUCACAAAUCUUUGAGAUGUAAACAAGGUGGUUUUGAGUAGUUUGGUGUUGUAGAGAAACUUAUAGACUCAAGAUUUUCUUUACAGUAGGGUAAAGGAACCAGAGGUCACA